CUGAACUUUGACAUCACAUGAUCGGCUGAUCUGAGACGGACGGGAAAAGCACACUGACAGUUUGGCGUCAAAAUAACACCAGUUCUAACCAAAACUGACAUACAUUUUGGAGCACAAUUGUUUAUACAGGAUAUGUGUUGAUGAAAUUACUACUGGAAUAAUAUAAAACGAAACUAAACCACAUUGAUACUCUAAAUAGCGGUACAUGAUGGCUCAGUAGAAAAGCAUGAGCAACUAUUUCGGGUACGUAGGAAAGUUAUUCUCAAACGUGAAAGGGUUCUACAAUGAAAUAAAUGCAGCAACCCUGACUGGAGCGAUCGACUCUAUCAUUAUAGAACAGGAAGAUGGAACCUACCGAUCUUCACCAUUCCACGUGCGGUUCGGCAAGUUGGGAGUGCUUCGUUCGAAGGAGAAAGUGGUUGACAUAUCAAUCAAUGGGAAGGCAGUGGACCUUCACAUGAAGCUGGGCGAUUCUGGUGAGGCCUUCUUUGUCACUGAAGUCGAGGAACCUGGAGAGGAUGUUCCAGCUUACCUGGCCACCUCUCCCAUACCAUCACAUGAGGAUCUCAUGGAGCAAGGUGUCAAGGAAAUGAAACAGAAGUACUUUGAUCAGGACGAUGUCCUUCCAUCCAAGGGCAGUGAGGUCAGAAUUCAGAUGGAAGACCCAGAAGGUCAGCAAAAUGGCCUCAAAGAGAGUCACAGCAAACGCAGGAAGAAAAGACGCAUAACAAAAAAGAGACAGAUACCUUCUGGGAACUUGGAAACUGAUAAAAAGCCUGCUGACGAGGAUGAUAUUCCAAUGUUUGAUAUCGAUGACGUAUCAUCGGAUGAAGAAUUAGCCAAUCUGCCACCCAUGCCUCCACUGGGCACCAUGGGCAAGUCGGUGAGUCUGCCAAUCAUGGAAGAGACCAGCCUUCAGCGGACCAGUGACUGGGCUAGCACCCAAUACAACACCUACAGCUACCCCCAUCCCUUCAGUGACACAGACAUCUCCCCCAUGAACAGUCCUGCCAGUACGCGUCCUCCCUCCCCAAAAAGUGACACUGAGGUCCAACUGCGUCACCAGGGCGAGGUCAAUGAGCUUCUUCUGUCUGAGGAGGACAACACAUUGUGGGAAUGGGGCGACCUGCCAAGAAAAAGCGUUGACGAGACCAUUGUAGGGCUGGGUGACCCCCAGACCCCGGGACAUCUCGGUCCAGAACACCAGGGUACCUCACGAAGAAGCACUACAGAGACCUCAGGAGGGUUGUUUAAAUUCAUGAGGAAGACAAAGGCUGUGCGACACAAACCAGAGGAGGAGGGAAUCUACCUAGACGACCUUAAGUUAGAGGAGAUGGAUCCAGAGAUUGCCAAACUCUACUUCCCUAAACGAUUGUCAAAGCAUUUCCACCAGUCUCCGUUUAUGUCAAUCAAGGACAAGGAAGAGGAUACAGAGUCUGGGAGGGGAGCAUCACUUCCUGUUUCACCCAAUUCUGUUGAGGGUGCUAUAGGAGGUCCGUCUGUCAGCUUUCUGCAGUCAGAAGUCAAACAUUUAGGGAACUUCUCCAUGUCGUUAUGUGGUGGGCUAUCCGAGUCCGAAGGUGUCACUUUGGAGAAGUUCAUGCAGAGCGUUGUAACAUUUGAUGACCUCUGUGAAAACUACAAUAUGAUUUCUAAUCCGGAGUUAGUGAUUCGUAUUGGUGAAAAGUAUUAUAACUGGCAGACAGCAGCUCCAAUUAUUUUGUCUCAAGUUGUAUUUAACAAGGACUUGCCUGAGAUAACAGUCGACAAACUCUCCUCAGAAUACAUGCCAAAAAAGAAAGAUAAGAAACAGGGAAGUCGCGUCUCGUCCUGGUUCUCCUGGCGUCGCACUAGUACCACCCCUGAGACUGGCGUAUCAAAACUAGAAGCAUCUGGAAGUACCCUGGAAAAUCUGAAAACAAUGUCGGAUUCAGAUCUAGUCAUGAACAAAACACAGACGGAUGUAUCUGUCUCAACGAGUCCCCACACCAGUCCCCCGCCCAGUCUCACCAGCAGUCCCAGGAAGGAACGACGUAUCACUGAGGACAGUGUGAAAGCUGAUGAUGAACACACGUCGAGUGAAGCUGACACCGACUCUGACCGAGUCUCGCUGAGACUUCAAAAGCAACUUGCUCAUGACAUGUACAAAAAGACACUCCGGUUGUCAUCAGAGCAAAUAAAAAGUUUGAAUCUGAGAGAAGGAGCAAAUGAAGUGACGUUCUCUGUGACAACCCAGUACCAGGGCACGACAAAGUGUACAUCACAUAUCUUCCUCUGGCGUUACGACGACAAAGUCAUCAUCUCCGACAUUGAUGGUACCAUCACAAAGUCUGAUGUACUGGGACAGAUCCUGCCCAUCAUCGGUAAGGACUGGUCCCAGUCGGGGGUCGCCAAGCUCUACACAAACAUUCAGUCCAAUGGUUACAAGUUCCUGUAUUUGUCUGCCCGUGCCAUUGGGCAGUCUAAGAUCACCAAGGACCUGCUGAAGAGCAUCAAACAAGACUACCACGUGCUGCCAGAAGGUCCCCUGUUAUUGUCUCCUACCUCGCUCGUCAGUGCUUUCCAUAGGGAAGUGAUAGAAAAAAGGCCCGAGGAUUUCAAGAUUGCCUGUCUCAUGGAUAUAGCAGAGCUGUUUCCCAAUAAAAAGCCUUUCUACGCUGGAUUUGGUAACAAAAUCAAUGAUGUUAUUGCCUAUAAAGCAAUUAUGAUUCCUUCAUUCCGGAUCUUCACCAUCAACCACAAGGGGGAACUGAAACAGGAGUCGGCCUACACCUUCCAGUCAUCGUAUUUGAAUCUGAAUGAUGUGGCAGACCACUUCUUCCCUCCUGUCCAGCGACUUCCUGGUGUUGUAGCUGCAGAAUUCAGUUCUGUGACAUAUUGGAGAGACCCUUUACCUUCUCUUAGUAGUAUUGACGUCUCGUCGCCAUUGAUGCCAGAAGCUCGGCCCGAGGACAGAUGACAAUCAACUGCCAUGGACAUCCAGUCUGCCUCACUGCCAACUACCUUCUACAAACCUCGCAGCAGUAGCAUUGUGAUCCAGCGCCAGUGCCAUUCCUAUAAAGCUCAGCCAUAUAUGUUGCCGAGUGAGAACAGUCUAGACAUGCAUGUUGACCUGUCUGACUCAGACAGUACAGAUAGUGACGAGAACCCCGCAGAACCUUUUCAGGAUAUAGGCAUGGCAAUGAAGGCAUUUGGAAAAUCUCGGACACCAAAACAGAAAAAAGGAUACUGGCUAUUGCCAUUUUAUAUGUAUCUGUAACACUGUUAAAUCAGUGACGAUUACAAUGGUUAAAACCUCUUAAAGUUCACCUACUUCUAUUAUGAUUCAAACCCACCGUCAAUGUACUCAAAUAAGACACUGACAAGUGGAACAGAUAAUGUUUUCAAACAACUAUUCACAAAAGACUGACAAAUGACUUUUUACCUGUAAUUCUAAAUUUUUAAUGUAAAGUAUAAAUCUGAGCUUCAAUCAGUUCUUCUUCGCCAUGAACAUGCCAUUAUAGUUUUGGAAUAAUUCGAAAUCUCUGAUAAAGGUAUCCAGUAAUAUUUGAAGUGGGGCAUUAUUUUGUCUGGCUUCUGGAAUGUUUUCUUCAUAAAAAGCAUUGUAAGGGUCAUGUUGCCAUUGGAAUACCCAUCAUGUUAAAUGGUCCUACUGCGACCGUGAUAUAUUGUGGUUGUGUUAAAUAGAGAUAAUGUACAAUGAAAACUGUCUGAUCUGACCCCCGAGAAUUCUGAUGCCCUGUCUAAAUCCAACCUAAUGAUGUGAUGGGUUUCCAUUGUUAAACGCAUCACAACAAGAUCUGAUGUGUCCCGUGUUAGAUUAAACAGGUUUCAGUAUAAGGUGAAUAAACACAAUUAUCUCGGACAAAGCCUUUUCAACCAGACACAUAAUUAUUGAGAUAAGUUUCACUGUUUAUCAGUUUAGGAAGUUUUGGUGUGAUUUGGGGAAAACUAAGCCAAUUUUUAAAUUAUAGUGAUGGUGCACAGUUAGAAGUAGAAUUGUGAAAAGUCCAAUGCUUAUUGUUGGGGCAUUGUACAAAUAUGAAACAAUGUAAUUCCAUAAUUAAUGGCAAAUGGGUUUUGUUUAAGCUUAAGAUUAUAAACUUGUAACAGCUCAAUGAAAUGAUUUUGCCUUACACUGAUUAUUUCUCGUAUCUGAGGUACAAAUGUCUUCCUGUUUUGAAUGAAGAAAAAACUGCUGUAUAAAUAGUAUUCUGUUUUAGUACCAAACAUAUUUUCCUUCCUCUUCCAAGUUUGUAUCCAUUUUGUUAACAUCAAUAGGUUUUGAGUUGUCUGAAAUGAGAUGUCCAUGGACAGUUAGUAUGUUAAUUAGCAUCAAUAGGUUUUGAGUUGUCUGAAAUGAGAUGUAGUUAUUUUCAUCAGAUCCAUUUCAAAAUGGAGCAGAUUUUUAAAAAGGUAUUAUUCAUGAAAAUUCAUUGACCUGCAUUAAGUUAUUAAAUUCACAAUUAUUUAAAUUUACCUUAUCACCUUCAUUUACGGCUUCAAUGACCCCGGAUCAUUGUAAUGACAUGCUUAUGUGAUAGUUAGUGGCGUUGCGAUGUAUCGGCCUGGGGGAAGAUGAGGCAUCAGAUUACAAAUAGAACUUUCAUCAUAUUAUAUAUAUUUUCAUUAUUGUUGUGAUCACUUCCUUUGGAGGAUCUUAAGACCAUUAAUUGAAUGAGAGUUGGAGUCCCAGGGACACAAGUUGAGGUUUGUCCUGAUUUUUUUAUGUUUAAGUAGCAAUCAUAGAAUAUUACAAACUUGACAUCCUUUUUUUUUUAACAAAAACGAAGGUACAGGUCAAUAGUGGUAAAUGUAUGUGUGGUAGUUGGUACCUGUAGUAUCUGUUAAUGUUACAAGCCUUGCAAAGCUACUCUAGGACACAAAUGUGACAUUCAGUUGUUGCAAAUUAUCGGGUCGCACAAACAGUACAUUUCUGGAUUUUGACAUAAUGAUAUUUAAAGUAGAAAACAAAAUGGUUUCAAAUUGUGGAAGAUCCCAUUGAAACUUUCAGAGAAAAGCGCCGAUCAAGUCGACUAAAGAAUUGUGAAAUGGGUGCCUGAGAAGACCGCUGUUUGUUGAUGUAGGCCAAGAAGAUCUAUUUUGUUGGAACUAAUAAAAGGAAAGUAAAUAAUACCAUUUUUGGACGAACAAAUCAAAGGCUGAGUAGAAAAGGUUUUGAAUAUGUUAUCUCUCAGGGAGAAUCAGUUUGUGCGAAGUGUGAUUUUUUCCCUAUUUAUGUAGACACUUGACACCAUAUUGUGCUGUGGUUAGAGGAAAGGGAAAUCAUAGCUUCUGAUUUCAGGUGAUGUUUUCAACAAAACUGGGACGAUUUGUCUCAACUAUAGUCAUAUUUUUUGUUUGUUUGCACUGUGUGCAAACAUUUUAUAGGAUUGCCAUAAUUAUUUUGGUUUGACAAAUAUUUGAAUUAAACAAUUAUUUGAUUCUAAAUAAGUUCAUAAGUUCAUAUUUAAAUCAAACGUGCAAUAUUGUUCUGUCUCUUCUAAAAAAAAAAUAGGUCUAUUAAAAUUUUACUUGAUUUGUUAAAUAAUUUAAGAGCAAACCAAAAGCACCCUUUAUAUGUAUCUAUGAUACAGGUUUAUAGUAGAUGUGCGUAAACAGUCAUGUGAGCAGGUGAAUCUGAAAGUAUUGCCUGUAUCUCAGAGGUGUGUCAGAAUAAGUACUGCCUGUAUCUUACAGGUGUGUCAGAACAAGUACUGCCUGUAUCUUACUGGUGUGUUAGAACAAGUACUGCCUGUAUCUUACUGGUGUGUUAGAACAAGUACUGCCUGUAUCUUACUGGUGUGUCAGAACAGGUACUGCCUGUAUCUUACUGGUGUGUCAGAACAAGUACUGCCUGUAUCUUACAGGUGUGUCAGAACAAGUACUGCCUGUAUCUUACUGGUGUGUCAGAACAGGUACUGCCUGUAUCUUACUGGUGUGUCAGAACAAGUACUGCCUGUAUCUUACAGGUGUGUCAGAACAAGUACUGCCUGUAUCUUACUGGUGUGUCAGAACAAGUACUGCCUGUAUCUUACAGGUGUGUCAGAACAAGUACUGCCUGUAUCUUACUGGUGUGUCAGAACAAGUACUGCCUGUAUCUUACAGGUGUGUCAGAACAAGUACUGCCUGUAUCUUACUGGUGUGUCAGAACAAGUACUGCCUGUAUCUUACAGGUGUGUCAGAACAAGUACUGCCUGUAUCUUACUGGUGUGUCAGAACAGGUACUGCCUGUAUCUUACAGGUGUGUCAGAACAAGUACUGCCUGUAUCUUACUGGUGUGUCAGAACAAGUACUGCCUGUAUCUUACAGGUGUGUCAGAACAAGUACUGCCUGUAUCUUACUGGUGUGUCAGAACAAGUACUGCCUGUAUCUUACAGGUGUGUCAGAACAAGUACUGCCUGUAUCUUACUGGUGUGUCAGAACAAGUACUGCCUGUAUCUUACUAGUGUGUCGGAACAAGUACUGCCUUUAUCUUUCUGGUGUGUUAAUUUGCCUAAGUCUUACCUGUGUGCAUGUGUCUACUUGAGAGUCCAUUUGCAUCAUGAGGGAUUCAAUCUUAUUUAACUGAACAGCGUAUAGAUAUGAAUUAUGUAUCCCAAAAUAUUUUCAAAAGUUUUUGUAAUUGAAAUGGUCUGUGAAAUGAUCUAAAAUUCCCAGCUGAAAUAUUUGUUAACUGCAAGAAGACAAAACUUUUUUUUUUUUUUAUUUUUUUUUAUGAUUCUAAAAACAUAAUCACUGGAUAAGCAUUCUGAUAUUAUACACUUAUUAUUACAGGUUGUUCUGACUCUAAUCUAAGGGCACCUUUUACCUUUAAGCAAGGAAACAGCAUUAUUUGUUUCCUUGUAUUAAUAAUGUUCAGUAACAGCAGUAAAGAUUGUCUUGCACUAGUCACUAGGACCUCAGGGGUGAUAACUCUGAUCUUAUUGAUUUUUCUAGAGAGAUCCCCAAUAGGAGAAAUAUAACCAAAUAAUCUUAAAGCUGAUAGGUAAAUGAAACUCCAUCACUAUAAUACAAUCCGGUAGUUAUAGUGGUGUUCUAAAGAUGAAGUUCAUUAAGAUCGUUUAUUAGUUUGAAGCUUUUUACUUUGCAUAUUAACUACAUUUAAUGUGCAGGUAGCUAUCUAUAGUAAUUACACGUUGAUGGUGUACAGUUAAGAGAAAAUGGUUCAUUGUACAGAUUAUGUUACCCAUUUUUAUCAUAAAAACAUGUUUGAAUAUUCAUAGAUGUCAUAUUAGUGUUAAAUAUUAUUUACUAUUGUUAAAUAUUGUGUGUUGAAAAGUUUAUUUCUAUAUAGAGUAAAUGUGAGACAGUGAGGGGUGUAAUACGGUACUGGUCGUACAGUGUAGGACGGUGCUGGUCGUACAGUGUAGGGCGGUGCUGGUCGUACAGUGUAGGACAGUCACUAUUGGAGUGUCCAGCACCUGUAUACUAAAUCUCUGAUUUCAAAUGUCACAUAGAAUCAAAAUUUAUUUGUACAAGACUUGCAUCACUUAAAUCUGAGCAGAUUAUAAUGGAUAUAGGUAACUUCUUUGUUGUUUAUCAGAAAAGUAUUCGUACAAUUGUCAGUAUCUGAUAUCAGGACAUGUAUUUAUUGUUUACGUGAUAAAGAUUGUCAUCAGUGUGUAUCCUCGUCAGACCAAUUCUGGCUUUAUAAAUGUCUGUAUUAUGUAUCUUAUUUAGGUUUCUCUGAUUUCAGGAUAUGCUUUCUGGAUAAGAUUUCCCACUAAUUUAGUUAUUGUUAGAUUAGCAGAUACAAGUUAUUGUAUAGCUUAUAUUUUCAAAAUUUUCUAUUUUGUGCGGGGGAAAAAAAUUGUGCAAGUUAGCAGGAUUAUUUUUAAUUAAACCUAAUUAUUGAUUUCUUGGAUAGCUUUUGUAUUGGUUUGUGGUACAUAAACUAAGGAUGAUAGAGAUGAGUGACAAAUGUGUCAGACUGGCAGUAGGUCAUGUUUAAUUCACCAUACAAGUAUCAAUAUAUAUUGAUGACCUUUGACCCUGGUUCAAUUCUACACCUUAGAAACUUUUAUAAGUAAUAGUUAUCUGAAAAGUUCCCUUGCCCAUCAGACUUAGCCCUCAUCAUCAGUUUUUGUGAUUAUGACCUCCGAAUAAAGCCAGUGAGACUAAUGUUACCAACAGACAACAUGGUAACACAUAAAAUGUCUCUUCUUAUGGUAACAUCGAUCAUGUGACUAUGUUGUAACUAUGGUAACAUCGAUCAUGUGACUAUGUUUUUUCUAUGGUAACAUUGAUCAUGUGACUAACUAUGUUAUAAGUAUGCUAACAUUGAUCAUGUGACUAUGUUGUUAGUAUGGUAACAUUGAUCAUGUGACUAUGUUGUAAGUAUGGUAACAUUGAUCAUGUGACUAUGUUGUAAGUGUGGUAACAUUGAUCAUGUGACUAUGUUGUAAGUAUGGUAACAUUGAUCAUGUGACUAUAUUGUAAGUAUGAUAACAUUGAUCAUGUGACUAUGUUGUAACUAUGGCAACAUCGAUCAUGUGACUUUGUUGUAACUAUGGUAACAUCGAUCAUAUGACUAUGUUUUUUCUAUGGUAACAUCAAUCAUGUGACUAUGUUGUAAGUAUGGUAACAUUGAUCAUGUGACUAUGUUGUAAGUAUGGUAACAUUGAUCAUGUGACUAUCUUUCUAUGGUAACAUUGAUUAUGUGGCUAUGUUUCUAUGGUAACAUCGAUCAUGUGACUAUGUUUCUAUGGUAACAUCGAUCAUGUGACUAUGUUGUGACUAUGGUAACAUCAUGUGACUAUGUUGUGACUAUGGUAACAUCAUGUGACUAUGUUGUGACUAUGUCGUUUCUGUAGUAUCAUUGACAUUGUUGGUAAGGUCAUUAUAUACUCACUUUGUAUUAAGAACCAUCAGGUUUGAUUUUAUAGUUGAUGGUAUUUAACAUUUUUUAUAUGUAUACAAUUUGACUGACCAAUCCCAAUGACCACUCCACCUCCACCAAACUAACCCUUCCUUAUGAUCUCAAUACUAGUCACUUUACGGUAUUAAACAAAUCACUAAAAUACAAAAUAUUAUAAUGAGCAGCUAUGCAAUGAAUCACCUUAUCAAAAAAGCAGAAUAGCUGCCUUCAUUUAGGAGGCCUAGUGUUUACAAGCUUACAGUUGCCCAGGCAUCUAUGUUUAGUCAGGCCAACAAUACAGUUGUGUGUUCCUGUCAACCUAUAUGUUUGACCCUUGAACGUUUAGAUAUAAUGAGAAGUAGGUAUCGCUGCUCUCCCAAUACUCAUCUGGUAUUAAAACAGACACUCGUUAUUUCAUUGCCUAAACAGUUUUGCCUUUGACUAUGACUGAUUGGUUAUAACAUUAAACAAGUAGAGAGGUAUUUUUCUUUAAUAAUGUAUUUUAUGAACUGUCACCUUUAACAGUUGUUGGAACCGGUGAUUCACAUGUCAGCAUUUCUCACUUCUAUAAAACAUAUCCUUUAGUUGAUGAAAACCUUAUUGUUAACUCGUUGGGAAAUUUGAGGAAAACUCGAGCCUUGCGAUGUUUGUUGUGAGACAGGCAUUUGAAAUCCAUGUUUAGAAUCGUCUAAGUGAACAUUCACAUGGUAAUAUUUAUGUAUGAAAAUUAAAACAUUUGUUUUUAUGAAUAUGUUGCUGCAUUUGAUUAAAAAAAAAUUAUCCAGUAUGUUGUGAUUGAUAUAGAAAGCUUUUUCAUUGAAAAACAUGAUGGCAAUAUGUAAUUUUGUACAAAAUAAUGUUAAGUGUGUAGAAUGUAGAAGUUUUUGUCUAGGAGGAUGAACAAUUGUGUUGGCUAGGUGUUAGAGAGUAACAGGACAUGAUGUACACUUGUGUUGGCUAGAUGUUAGAGAGUAAGGGGCCAUGAUGUACACAUGUGUUGGCUAGAUGUUAGAGAGUGUUUAAUGUGUUCCUGUUGAUUGUGAGUAUUACAGUACAGAUGGGUGAGUAUAUGUGUGUAGUACUACAUGAAGACUGUCAUACGUGAGCUUGAUGCUGUUACCAUUUAUAUGUAACACAUGUAUUGUAGUCCCAAUAACAAGUGCUACCUUAAAUAAAAAUCUCGCCUUAGGUUUUGUAGUUAGGAUUACUGGCAUUGAGUUAUGAUAAUUAAAUAAGUGCCAAGAAGUCGAAAAUUGUUAGCAAGGCACUGUUAUCACUCAAGUUGCUUAUUGUAAGAUCAACAUGACAUAUGAUUGACAGAAACAAUAAGUCAGAAAACAUGCUCAAACAAGCAUUGUGUGUGGUUACCCUGUUAACCCUUUCACCCCUAUGUAACUUUAAUAACCUCUACCAUAAAUUGAUCUGGACGAGCCCAGUAUGGUCUAUGGUGUUGAAAGGGUUAGCUUAGGCUAGUGUUGUAAUUAUGAACAAAAUUGAUACAAAAAAUAUGCUCUCUUUUUUCCAAUCUUACAAUGUUGUUGAUAUCACUAUAAAAGGGUGAGGAAACCCUUACUAGUGACUUACCUGUAUGGUGAUGUUAUCGACUGAUGAGAAUGUUGUUAGAGAAAUGUUGUGUCUAAAUGAUGAAGUUUGACUGUUAUGAGCGAUAAUAAAUAGCAAAACAAUAA